AUGGAUGAAACUGGACUAUUUUACCGAUUGGAAGCUGAUAUUCACUUGCUACCAAGCAGCUUGAAGGUCGCAAAAAAGACAAAGAGAGAAUUACUCUUGCUCUCUGUUGCAAUUGUGAUGGAUCUGACAAAAAAACAAUGUUCCGAACCACAAGUUGGUGAAUCAGAUGAAGGAAUCCAAGAAGUUGAUGAAUUAGAUGAAGGUGUCCAGGAAUUAAAUGAUGUCAUCUUUAAUUUAGCCUAUAGAAAUGUGAUGGAUGUUGAACAUCUUUUGAGCUACCCUAACGAGAAUGAUAUAGUUAUGGAAUCACCUACAAAGGAAGAGAUUAUUCAAUCUGUAAUGAAUAAUAAUGAUGAAAAUGAUCCUGAACAAGAUGAUAGUAGCAUCGUCUCACAUGUAUUGUCAAAGGAGACAUUUCAAGCAAUGACUACAUUGUCAAACUAUUUGGUACAACACGAACAAAAUAUUCUGCAAAUUGUGUUCGCUCUUCUAAAAGUUAAGGAUGAAAUUAAUUUUGGUUUUGGUGGAAGAUAA